CGGGAAGUGGUUUUCCAAACGGAAAAUUGGCUAGUUGUUUGUUAGCAACAGUCGCUGUGGAGUGAAUUGGUGUGUUUGUGAAAAGACCACGAUAAACCUCAGAUACUGGGGGACAGUCCACGUAAAUGGCAUAAUCUUAGAUUGAGCCAUGUCGACUAUGGCUGAUGAAACAGCAGGAGACAUGCCUGUGAAAGAUAUAAGCUUCAGCCACACUGCAGUUGGGGGACUGCAAGAUUCGUUGGCAGUGCCAAAUGGCCGACCACGGCAGGCCCCUCUCCCGGCAGGGAUUUCUCGGAUCAACCGCGAGGAGCUUGAGGACCGUUACUUGCGCCUCCAUGAGGAGAGCCUCCUCCUCAAACAGCACAUCCACAAGCAGGAGGACAAGAUCAGGAGGAUGGCAACCAAACUGGUCCGGCUGGUGAAGGACAGGAAGCGGGAGGGGCAGGCGGUCCAGGGCCCUCGUCCAGUCGCCCGGGACGUGGAGAUGGAGGAGAUGGUGGAGGAGCUCCAGGAGAAGGCGCGGGAGCUCAUGAGGCAAAACGAGGGCCUGAAGCAGCGCCUCAUCACUGCCAAGCAGCAGCAGCAGCAGCAGCAGGGCCCAGGCCGCCGACACGUCCUGUACGGGCACGUCCAGCCUCGCAUUAACACGGGGCUGCGGCCCCCCAGCAGAGGCCAUCGGACUGUGGAUAUGAAUGUUAAAGCGACCCAGAAUCUGCUUCCACGAUACGGCCAUAGUCUGCUGGAUGACGCCAGGGCCGAGAUCCGUAAUCUGGAGAGCGAGAUCGAGUCUCAGAAGGCACACAUGGAGGAGAUGGACCGCUGCGCUGAGAUGCUGAGGGAACAGCUGAGGAGGAAGGAGAGGGAAUCCGAGGAGCAGCUGCAACUCCUCAGAGAGCUGCAGGCCAAUGAGCAGAGGUCAACCGUUAAGGACAAUGUGGAGAUGAUCAAACUGCAGAAACAGCUGGCUGACAAAGGCAAUGCAUUCACAGUUCUGGAGGGUCGUUUUCUUCAGCUCCAGGAGAACCAGAGGAUCCUGAAUGGCAGCCAUAAUGCAAUGAUGGCCCAGGUGGAGGAGCUCAGCAGUGAGCUGAAGGAGGAGCAGCUGCGGAGUCGUGGCCUGGAGAACCAGCUGCAUGCCAGCACGUUGGUGCAGCGCCGCACUGAGGAGCUUCAAGAACGCAUCCUUGAUCUGGAGAAGGAGCGAGAUCUGCUCAAGGAGAAUUGCGAUAAACUAUUCAGCAGCGCCUUUGACGUGACCCAGGAGCAGAAGUGGAAGACCCGGGAGCAGCAGUUGAAGCUGCAGAUCGUACAGCUGGAGGUGGCCCUCAAGGCUGACCUCGCCGACAAGAAUGAGAUCCUGGACAAGAUCAAGCUGGAGCAUGAGCAAAAUGAGCGGCUGUCGCAGGAGAAUCGGGAACUUCAGCUACGAUUUCUUGAGCAGAAACAGCAGCUGGAAGAAAUGAAAGAUCGUGUUAAGUUUUUUUCCAAGGAGAGUGACACUGACAUAGCCGAGCUCAGCGAAGCAUUGUUGCUUAUAAAGGCUCGUAAGAGCCAGCGGAAUGGGGAGCUGAGCUUCCUGCAGCAGGUGGACGAGGAUGCGCAACGAGACCUGGGCCACUCGCUGGCGGAGCUGCAGGCCGCGCAUGCCGAGACAGUGCAGGAGCUGGAGAAGACGCGCAGCAUGCUCAUUCUGCAACACAAGAUCAACAGGGACUACCAGACAGAGGUGGAAAUUGUGACCCGCAAGAUGGAAGACAUUAAAAUGGAACACGAGCUGAAACUCGAUCGACUGGCCCAGCUGCUUGACAUGAGAGCGACCAGAGUCAGGAAGCUGGAAGCUCAGCUGAAGGACAUCGCGUAUGGCACCAAAGCGCACACAUUCAGGGCCGAGAUCGUGGAGCAGGAUGCAGAGGCAGAACUCGAGGAGACCCUGCACUUGGAGCGAGGGGAGAACCUGUUUGAGAUCCACAUCAGCAGGGUGCAGCUCUCGCUGGGGGCCCUGGAGAUGCUGGCGGACCCGGAGCCAUCUACCUUCUGCACAUUUGCUUUCUACGACUUCGAGCUGCAGGCGACCGCGGUGGCACAGGGCCCGCAGCCGGUCUUCAACUUCACGUCCCGCUACACGGUGCGCAUGGACGACGCGUUCCUGCGCUACCUCCAGACUGGCGCCAUCACGCUGGAGCUGCAGCUGGCCAGCGGCACAGACUUCCGCACGGUGGCCGCCUGUCAGCUUCGGCUGCACCAGAUCCUCGAGCGCGAGGGCAGGGUGUUCGGCACCAUGCCCCUGAUCGGAGUGGGGGGAGAGGUCCAGUCCUUUGGCACACUGGAGUAUUGGCUUCAACUCAGGCUUCCAAUGGAGCAGGCUGCCCGCUUGUACCAAGAGCGUUUGAAGGCCCUGGGCUACCUCACCUCUGGCCAGUGGGGGGAGCAGCAGUCCCAGCAGGUCUUAGCAAAAGGAAAUGUUCCCUCCAUGGCGCCCGAGGAUAGCGAUCUUAACGAGCUCCGUAUCACUGUGCACUGCUGCAGCAACUUGAAAGCCCGACAGCCCACCACCCAGCCCAGUCCCUAUGUGGUCUACAAGCUUUUCGACUUCCCAGACCACGACACCCGCAUCCUGCCAGCCAGCAGCCACCCCCAGUUUGACGACUGUAUGGUCUUUCCCCUGCCCAUGGAUGGAGGUCUGGACCGCUAUCUACGGACCGAAGACCUGCAGGUUUAUGUGCUCGAUGACCUGGAGCCGGAGAGCCAUCUUUACCUCGGAAAGGCCAAAGUACCUCUCAUAUCUUUGGCCCAUGACAAAAGUAUCACAGGCACAUUCGAGCUGACAGCUCCCAGCGGCCAGCCCAGCGGAACCAUCGACGUGACCCUGGAGUGGAGACGCUCGUACUGCCCUCCCCCCAGUGUCUCCGUGCCCACGUUCCUCGCCAAAGAGACUCCGGAGAAAUUGGUCACCGCGGAGGAGAGGAGCGGCACGCCCCGUCCCCCGACUCCAUCUGGCCCGGAGGCAGCGGCCCCUCAGCCGAGACGGCGGACUUUGUUGAAGGAGAAGCUGAGCGGGAAGAAAGUGUCCUUCAUGGAUGCCGCGCCCACUGAGAGCGUAGUAGCGGAGCAGAGUGCACCCGCUUCUGUGGAGGACACGUCUGCAUACGAGACUCCAGGCGUCAACCUGCUGCACAAGGAGGCUGUCAGAGACCUUGAGGACUCUCACAGGGGAGCUGAAGAGGAAGAGAAUGAUGAGGAAGAAUCGCAUGUUUCUGAGGGGCAGCUGGCCACUGGCAGCUCUACCUCCACCUCCCAGGAGGCGGACAUUUCAGAAGAGCCCCCUGCACUAGACCAAGAGGCGGAGGAUGUGCUGGCUACGGAUCUUAACGAGUCUGUGCAGUCCGACAGCGAUGACGGCAUCGUGGCUGGGCAGAGUGUGCAGGGGAGGCUGCAGCCAUCAGAGCGGAUCCGCAUCGAGAUCACGUCCCUGCGGCUGGCACGGGGGUCCAGGGUGGCCGCGGAUGACACUGUGUCCCGGCUGUUCAUAGAGUACCGCUUCCUGGAUGGGCCCUCGGUGGAGACACCUCUGUCUUUGCCCAAGCCCCGGCCUGGCCAGAGCAUCUACUACAACUACAGCAGCGUGAUUCACGUGGACACGCAGAAUAACAAGGCGAGACGGGACCUCCUGCGCUCCACUCUCCGGGGGGACGCCAGGCAGCUGGAGAGCAUCAAGUUCAUCGUGGUGAGCGACCCCCCCGAGGAGCAGCAGGACCAGGAGUGCGAGGAUGUGGGCGUGGCCUUCGUCAGGAUCGGCAGCAUCCUGGAGCAGCAGCGCGAUCUAGUAGAUGCCGCUCUUGACGUUGUGGAUGUGCAUGACAGCAGUGUGGCGGUGGGCAGCCUGACUGUCACCGUGGAGGCCCUUCAGGCGCUCCGUUCCAUUCAGAGAGAGCUGCUACCUUCACACCCAAGUCGGGAGAGGCCUUAUGAGUGACUGGUGAUGAGCUAGCAGUCAGUCUGGCAUCUGUGUGAGUCUGUGUGUGAGAGAGAGGAAGAGAAAAAGGAUAUUUGUGGGACAAACUCAGUCCUCCUGUUUUAAGGGAGAAUUAAUAGCCCUGACUGUGAUUUAUAAAUAGAAAUAUCUUGUAGCUGUACAGUAUUUUAAGUUGUCUUGUUUUAAAAUUCCUUUUUAUUCUGCUUUUUAAAUUUUUUUUCUUAAUUCAUUAAUCCACACAGAGCCACAGCCUUUAAUGUGCUCACAUGAAAUUUCAUAGCCGUUAUGUGUAAUGUGCCGUGUGAACAUCUGUACAUCUUAAUAAAACCCUCAUGUUUUCCUGA